GCGGCGACGUAGCGCGGAGCCCGGAAGUACUCGAAGCAUGUAAACAACCAGACAACCGCUCGUACCGCAUUUUUUACACACUUAUUCAGGCGCGAUUACACCCCGGCGCGGCGUGUGGCUGCCGUGCACCUCGGACACCGCGCGCGCGUCGCCUUCACACUCAAAGGUAUUCGCACAAUGCGUUGUCGUGGUGACGGUGGAGCAUGGACCCGGUGGUGCUGAGCUUUCAUGACAGUCUGCUGCGGCGCUCGGACCUGGCUCUGCUGGAGGGACAGCAGUGGCUCAACGACCAGGUCAUCGGCUUUGCCUUUGAGUACUUCUCUGCGGAGCUCUUCACGGACCUGAGGGACUCCAUCACCUUCAUCAGCCCCGAGGUCACCCAGUUCAUCAAAUGUGCUUCGUGCCCCGAGGAGCUGGCUCUGUUCCUGGAGCCGCUGGGACUGUCCUCGCGCAGAUGUGUCUUCCUGGCGGUCAACGAUAACUCCAACCAAACGGCGGGCGGCACGCACUGGAGCCUCCUGGUGUACCACCGCGGCUCCAACCGCUUCGCCCACUACGACUCUCAGAACGGCAGCAACUCGGUGCACGCCCGCCGCAUCGCUCGCAAACUGGAGGCAUUCACGGGCGGAGGGGGCAGGGCCGGGUUCGUGGAAGAGCAGUGCCCGUCGCAGCAGAACAGCUACGACUGCGGCAUGUACGUGAUCUGCAUCUGCGAGGCUUUGUGCGAGCGGCUCAGGGCGGAGGGCAGCCCCAGACUCCCGGAGAACUGCAUCACGCCGGGCUUCAUCACGCAGAAGAGAGCGGAGUGGUGCAGACUCAUCCACACUCUGGCUUUUCAAUAACGUCAUCAGCUGCUGUGCUCCACUAAUGCACAAACUCAAAACAACACCUCAUGCAUUUAGGGAUGUAACAAUAACCAGAGUAUCACAAAAUAAUCGUCAAAUUAUUUUCGCUCUCACAAUAUAUUGAAUUACAAGUCUAUUUGCUUAUUUCUGAUCCAUGUUAUAAUGUCAUUUUCUCAUCAAAAACAUAGCUAGAGUUGUGUUUUGUUUCAUUCAUACAUUAAUACAUAUUUAGGUCGAGUUCUUUUCUCAAACAGAAAACACUGUCACUCAACAGGAAGUGCCCCACUGUGUUUUUAAACUCCACACACCUUCACUAGAAUCAUGUGGAUCAUUUCAGCUCUCGAACUGCCAAUCUCUACUCAACUAUAGAAGUCGUAGUAGUUUAUUCGGUCAUUUUGCAGCACUACAAAACAAAACAUAAACUACAGCCCCAUGGAUCAUGACCGAAAAGGUUUAUGCUGAAGUAAAAGUACUUAUAAUGCCUAACACUUUUAAGCAAUGACAGAAUUCCAAGAAAGAAAAGCAGUGUAUGAACAGCAGGUUUGCAUUUACAAUUUCACUUGCGAUUUACUGUGUGUAUAUAUAAGAGACAAAAUAUAAAUUAAAACAAACAAAACAGAAUACAUACUUGAUUCAUUGCAGAGUUCUAUAUCUUUCAAAACUAACCCCUCGAACAGAAAUACAAUCACUUUUUUUCUUAAUUCUUAUCUUAAUUUUUUUAAAAGAUGCUAUUUUUUUAUUUUUUUUGUCAUCUAUGGUUGUACAAACUAAUGAUAAUGUUUACGAAUUCACAAAAUUUUAUUGUUAUGAUCGUAUCAAAAUAAGCAAAAUGAGAAUGAAGAAUGUAAGGAUUUAGUUUUUUGGGGUUUUUUUGCCAUUUAUGGUGAUACAAACUAAUAAUAAUUUUAACUAAAGGUAAAAUGAGCUGUUAACUUUGAAACACAUGACAUCACAAGGUGGAACAGAGCGUUAUGAGCUUUGGAGAUAAAAACAGACUGAUAAUAAACCGUUACUCGAACAUGUGUGAAUGAAACAAAACACAAAUCCAGGUUUGUUUUUGAGGAGGCAACAACAUUCGAACAUGACUAAAAGCUCACACAGAGUACAUUUUAUGUGUUUUUUAUUUAGUGUUAUGGUGAGAGAACUACAUAGAACCUAGAAUCUUGCUCUGUUUAAGUGCAGAGCACAUGAAGAAAUAACUUAUUAAACCUUUAAAUCUUAAUUCUUUUUUUCUCAAUUGAUUAUGACAGAACCAGAGUUUGUCAGGAAAAAGUAGCACGUUCACAAUUUUGUUAGCCUCCACAAAAUAAAUAACAUAAUAUAAAUAAUAGUUAAUGAGAGAUUUGGGUAUGGUUACAUCCCUAAUGUGUUUAACAAAUCCACUUGUACUACUGUCUCAAUAUAACUCUAGUGUGUACAGUCUCACUACACAGUUCCUCUGACAGCAGUGUGACGUUUCCCUCAUAGUAUAUGCACAUUUACACCACCAGGUCAAAGUUUGGACACACUGUUUCAUUUAUGUUUCUCUAUUUCCAGGAUUAUUUACGCUGUAGAUUCUCUCUGAAGGAAUUAUGGAUGACACACGUGGACUGUAGGAAACCAAAGAGAAGCUCAAAAUAACUCCACUUGUUUUAGAACAUUUAAAAUAGCCUUUAAGCUUUGCUUGGCUUCACAUGGCACAGGUGUGAAGUGAAAACCAUUUCAGGAGACUUCAUCAUGAAGCUCAUAGAGAGAAGUUCAGGGGUUUGCAACGCUGUUGACAAAGCAAAGCUUGGAUACUUUGAGGAUUUGAAUAUGAAAUAAAAUAAAAGUAGUUGAGUUAUUUAAAGAGGGGGUAGCGUUCUGCCAUGCUUUAAUGUUGUUCUCUCAUGUUUGAAUCAUUUAGCGAUCUAUCCCAGGCCUGAUUCAAACCCUCCUUAUGGUUAGCGUUAAGAUUUUGUCUAAUUCUCCUUAAAUUUUCCCCCAAAAAAUACACUACAACCUGACAAACUUGAUGUGAUGUUCAGUAGUUUCAUUAACGGGACUUAAAGCCACAUAAAGGAAAACAAAAAAAAAACAUGAAAUGAGAUCAUGUGUCCAAACGUUUGAGCCGUGGUGUACAGUAUUUAAGCGACACCAGCAUGCCUCAGUGAGUAUUUAAAGUCCACACUAACAGUUACAGAGGAGUAUUUGUCUUUAUGUUCAUGACGGAGUUUGUGUUGAAUGUUCACGUGUUUACACAGAUCUGCUCAGGGUCGCCUCAAUAAAGAGAAUGUGCUUAAUGGGUCCUGGUCUGGUCCUGGUCUGGUCUGGUCUGGUCCUGGUCUGGUCCUGGUCCUGGUCUGGUCCGGUUUUGGUUCUGUUCACUUGCAAAUACCAGUGUAUGAGAAUGUUGGAUGCCUCACAUGGAAAUAAAGUAAUGUGGACAUUUUGGAGAA